AACACCAACUAACUGUCAUCUUGUGCUUGUCAUUCGGCAAAUUAAAGCGGCUUUAUUAUUUUUUCGUUAAAUAGCAGCAAAAAACGGCAUAAUAUUACCUGAAAAUGCCUUACGCUAAUCAACCUUCUGUAACUAUAACGGAAUUAACCGACGACAAUGUGAAGUUUGUUUUAGAAGACACUGAAUUGAGCGUGGCCAAUAGUUUAAGACGCGUCUUCAUUGCGGAGACACCAACUUUGGCUAUUGAUUGGGUACAGCUGGAAGCCAACUCGACCGUGUUAUCGGAUGAAUUUCUAGCACACAGAAUUGGACUCAUACCAUUAAUAUCUGAUGAAGUUGUGGAGAGACUACAAUAUACGCGCGAUUGUAUCUGCUUGGAUUUUUGCCCUGAGUGUAGUGUUGAAUUUACAUUGGAUGUGAAAUGCACGGAAGAUUCCACGAGACAUGUGACAACGGCUGAUCUAAAAUCUAGUAAUCCAAAGGUAUUGCCAGUAACCUCGCGUCACCAGAAUGAUGAAGACAAUGAGUAUGGUGAAAGUACCGAUGAAAUUCUUAUUAUUAAAUUGCGAAAGGGUCAAGAAUUGAAGUUGCGAGCAUAUGCCAAAAAAGGUUUUGGCAAGGAGCAUGCAAAAUGGAACCCCACGGCAGGUGUUUGUUUUGAGUAUGAUCCCGACAACUCUAUGCGGCAUACUCUAUACCCCAAACCAGAUGAAUGGCCCAAAAGUGAACACACCGAGUUAGACGACGAUCAAUACGAGGCCCCAUACAAUUGGGAGGCUAAACCCAAUAAGUUUUUCUACAAUGUAGAAUCAUCGGGAGCCCUAAAACCAGAGAAUAUCGUUAUCAUGGGUGUACAGGUAUUGAAAAAUAAACUAUCUAACUUGCAGACUCAACUCAGUCAUGAAAAUCAAAAUGAUGCUCUGGCCGUUUAAUGGAAAACUAUGACAAAUAAGUUAACAAAAUAUAUCUUUUUCGUAAUUAUAUUAUUGUAAUUGUAAACAAA